UUCAAAGGAACAACUAUGGCUCCUCACGGCGAGGGUGCCCCGUUGGAUCCCACGGUUGCUCAAGUCGGACGACAGCCAAUUUCAUCCAUCCUCAUCGUCAUUGCUAUGCAAACAGAAGCUUUGCCAGUGGUGAAUAAAUUGAAGCUGGUUGAGAACCCUCAUUCUCCGUUUCCAGAAGGGGUCCCUUGGGUCCAUUAUCAUGGUACAUACAAGGACAUUGUGAUACAUCUAGUUUGGCCAGGGAAAGAUUUGUCCUUGGGGGUUGAUAAUAUUGGCACGGUUUCUGCCUCUCUCGUGACCUAUGCAUCCAUCCAGGCAUUGCAGCAUGAUCUGAUCAUAAAUGCAGGCACUGCCGGUGGCUUUAAGGCAAAGGGAGCAGAGAUUGGUGAUAUUUUUCUCGUGUCUCAUGUUGCAUUCCAUGAUAGAAGAAUACCAAUCCCAGUUUUUGAUUUAUACGGUGUUGGUUCGCGGCAGACCUUCCCAACACCUAAUCUCUUGAAAACACUUAAUUUGAAGUCUGGCAAAUUAUCCACGGGCGAUUCUUUGGAUAUGACCCCUCAGGAUGAAACGUCAAUCACAGCGAAUGAUGCUACGGUCAAAGACAUGGAGGGAGCAGCUUUAGCCUAUGUGGCAGAUCUUUUGAAAGUUCCUGUAAUAUUUGUUAAAGCAGUGACAGAUAUAGUAGAUGGUGAUAAACCAGCUGCAGAGGAAUUCCUGCAGAAUUUGGUUGCAGUGACUGCUGCCCUUGAUGAAGCAGUAGAUCAAAUCGUCAAUUUCAUCACUGGAAAGUGUCUCUUUGAACUUUGAUUUUGUCAUCUUAUCAAUUGCUUCAUUCUGAAAUAUAUUUCACAAUAAAAUGAGUUUUAUUUGAGAUC